CUCAUUGUCAUCCAUGGCGAUCUAGGGUUUGAUUGAGAGAUUGGAGUCUCGAUCCAUCAGCCAUGAAGGCGUCUCUCAAGUUUCGAGAGGAUCAGAAGCCCUUGGUGCGUGCUAAGAUCCCGAUCAGCAUCUUCGGCCUGCCUUUCCUCUCUGGUUUCUCUGCUGGCGAUACUCGUGAGCUCCGGCUUGACCUCGCUACCGCCUUUGAUUCCGGUCCAUCUCUCCGCGCUUCUUAUCGUCCCAAUGAUCCGUCGAACCCCUUCACUCUCUCUCUCCGCACUGGCGUCGGCGCCCGAGGAUCCCCCACCGCUGCCCCCAUGACAAUCACCGCCGAAUUCAACCUUCUCUCCCGCUCUAGCUCCAGCUCCCUCCCUUCUUUCUCCAUCCUCUUCAAACCCCGUCUCGGCGACUUCUCCCUCAAAAAAUGCAUCGAUUCAACGACCAUAUCACGGCCGAUCAAAUCCACCGUUGAUAAAGCCGAUGAUUCCGAUCACGAUGGUACUCCGAGGAAGGGGAUGCUGGGCAUGAUCUCCGGGACUGAGGUGGCCGCAAGCAGCAUGAUGCCGCUGCGCGGUAGCGCAGCGGUGAGGUUUCGAUGGGGGUUAAAAUUACCGGCGGAGCUCCAGACCGCGUUCAGCGAUAGGGAUCGGACGGCAGGGAUCCCCUUCGCCCGGAUCCCCCUGCUCGUGAUGAGCAAGAUCUCCAUCGAACACGUGGCGACCGAUACGAAGGUGAAGAAGACGAAGGCUGAGGAGCCGGAUGACGUGGCCAAAGGGAGUGGUGACGUGGCUCAGACGUGUUCGCUGAUUCGGCGUCAGCUAGAGGCUUUGCGGGCGGAGAACGGGGCGAUGUCGAAUGCCCUGGAGGAGAUCAGGAAAGAGGUGGGCGUUGCUGACGUGGCCAAGAGGGAGAUGUGUGUUGCUGACGUGGCCAAGAGGGAGACACGUGGCGCGCCCCCAAUGCCUUCUCCGGAGGAGCUCACUCAAGAGCUGGCCAAGGCUUUGAAGAAAUAGUCUCAAGCUUUGUAUUAAUAAUUACUCUAAUAAAUAAUAUAUAUAUAUAUGUUUGUUUGUCAGGAAUGUAUUAUUAUGUAUGCGUUAUAUUAGAUUGGAUGGUGGUAAUAAUAUUAAUAGUAGUGUGUUUCU